ACGAGGAAAAAAAGAAAAAGAAAAAAAGUUUGCUGACAUCAAAGAGGUGAAAAGGAGACACCCCGGGUUUAAUAGAGAGGGAUCAGUGAACAGGGCAUCAAUGACAAUAAAAGAGAGAGAGAGGGAGAGGGAGAGUGAAUGAGGAGGGCUGUCCUCUCUGAGUUUUGCAACUUGGCUCAGUCACAGACUGAGUGGACCCAGACCAGGAGCAGCUCAUAGGUCAGCAACACUCCACCGAAAGAACACUGUGUGCAGUGCCUCAAAAGAUGACCAACAGGUCUGCAUCUGCUCACAGUGAUGAGAAAGCCGCUGCAAACGGACACAAAGCUUCCCAAAAUGGGACUGAUCCAGUUUCAAAAGUGCAGGACGAGGACAACAGAAAAGUGGAACUGGGGAAGAAGGUGACGCUGCUCCGAGGGAUCUCCAUCAUCAUCGGGACCAUCAUCGGGGCCGGGAUCUUCAUCUCGCCAAAGGGAAUCCUGAGUCACUCGGGUAGCAUCGGGAUGUCCCUGAUAGUGUGGAUCGCCUGUGGCGUGCUGUCACUCUUCGGAGCCCUGUCCUACGCCGAGCUGGGGACUUGUAUUAAGAAGUCUGGUGGACAUUACACAUAUAUAAUGGAAGCGUUUGGACCCCAGAUGGCUUUUAUAAGACUAUGGGCUGAUCUCAUUGCUAUAAGGCCUGCAGCAAUGGCAGUCAUUUCUCUGGCCUUUGGUCAGUACAUCCUGGAGCCUUUGUUUAUGCCGUGCAACAUCCCCCCCAUGGCUGUCAAGCUGGCCACAGCCAUCGGCAUAACUUCUGUCAUGUACCUGAACAGUAUGAGUGUGACCUGGACAGCCAGGAUUCAGAUAUUCCUCACCUUCAGCAAGCUGCUGGCUAUCGGCAUUAUUAUCGUGCCUGGAAUGUACCAGCUCUUUAAAGGAGAGACCAGAAACUUUGAGAAUGCCUUUGAGCUGAGCAAUGUGAAGCUGUCUGGCAUGCCGCUGGCUUUCUACUCUGGGAUGUAUGCAUACGCUGGGUGGUUCUACUUGAAUUUUGUGACGGAGGAGAUCGACAACCCUGAGAAGACUGUGCCAUUAGCCAUCUGUAUCUCCAUGGCCAUCGUGACUUCCUGCUACGUGCUGACCAACGUGGCCUACUACACGGUGAUGUCGGCAGAGGAGCUGCUGGCCUCGCAGGCUGUUGCCGUGACGUUUGCAGAGAAACUCCUGGGGAACUUCUCGAUAGCAGUGCCGGUGUUCGUCGCCCUGUCCUGCUACGGCUCCAUGAACGGCUCCAUCUUCGCCUUGUCGAGAAUGUUUUAUGUGGCGUCACGUGAAGGACAGCUUCCCGAGGUUUUGUCCAUGAUCCACAUCCGCAGACACACUCCGCUGGCUGCUGUCCUCAUACUGUACCCGAUGACCAUGCUGCAGCUGUUUGUGGGCGACAUCUACAGCCUGCUGAAUUUCAUGAGCUUCCUGCGGUGGCUGUUCAUUGGUGUGGUGGUGCUGGGUUUAAUCUACCUCCGCUAUACGAAGCCCGACCUCCCCCGACCCUUUAAGGUCCCACUGUUCAUCCCAGUGGUGUUCUGCCUCACGUGCUUCUUCAUGGUCUUCAUGUCUCUGUACUCCGACCCGGUCAACACAGGAAUCGGAUUUGUUAUUUCUCUCACCGGCAUCCCGGCAUAUUACAUGUUCAUUUACUUCAAUCACAGACCAAAGUGGCUUCAACAGGCUUUAGACUCCUUCAACAGAACCUUGCAGAUCAUCCUGGAGGUCGUCCCUGCUGACUAACAGCAGCACACCAACGCUGCAGCGCCGCUCUGUUGCCUUCGAAUCAAAGCCAUACCACACACUGCGGUUAGCUCAGAAAAUAAACUGAUGCUAUGAAAGACUUCCUAUAGAUUCAGAUGUGCGUGUUGUGUGUGUGCUGAAUGUGAUUUUGUACAAUGUGUUUCACUAAAAAGUCCUAAAAAUCG